GUAGUAUGAACUGAAAACCUUAAACCGAUUCAGGGUCUUUGCUGUAUCAAGCAGAUCAGUGCUAAAGAUCGAAGCUUGGAGGCAAUGAUUAACAUAGCAAGGUCGGCCUCAGCCGCCGUUCGAAGUGGCCUGAUUCGGUCUAGGUUUCCCUUCUUCCCUCUCCCGUCUUCGCCGCUCCGGCGAACAUUUGGCACUUCUAAUGAGUCCAUUAUUAACCCAGUUGCCAUACAGAUGAUUAAUUAUGCUCUCUCCCUCGCUCGAUCUCAAAAAACUGAUGAAUCAUUUGCACAAGCUCAACUUGUCCUAGAACAGUGUCUGUCUACUCAAUCAGAUGACAAUUCAAAAGGAACCGUUCUUUUAUCCAUGUCUACCUUAUUAUCUCAAAGAGGAAAUUCCCUCCAAGCUAUUGAGAAGCUUCAAGACAUGGAACGACUUUCAAUCUCCUUAACAAGUGUUAGAGUUGCUGCUGCUGAAGCAUUGGCUGGAUUAUAUUUGGAGCUGGGUCAGGAUGGAACUGCAUCAAUGGUUGCAAAUGUAUGCUUGCAACUCUUAGAUUCUAUCAGAGUUGAACAUGGAGCUGAAUAUUGUUCAGAAGAUCUACAUGCUCGUUGUAAAGCGAUUAAAGGGCUGGUUAAACUUGCCUCCGGGGAUGUUGAUUCUGCGGAGCCAUUGUUUAAAGCAGUUGUUGAUGUGAAGAAUUGCACUGGGAAUACUGCUUUAUCGUAUGGAGAGUUCUUUCACGUCAAACACAACUUGUCAAAGGCCAAGGAGUUAUACGAGAAAGUGUUGCAGCCUUUGUCAGAACGUAAUGAUUUUGGCAAUCCAGAUAACUUAGCGGCUAGUAACAUGGCACUAGAAGAAACUCUUGUGGCUGCAACUUGUUCUUUAGGACAGCUCGAAGCACACGCGGGGAACUUUGCUAAAGCAGAGGAGAUACUCACAAGAGCACUAACUAAAGCAGAAGAUUUCUUUGGUUCUAAUCAUCCAAAAGUCGGUGUUGUUCUGACAUGCAUAGCUCUAAUGUUUCGGCGUAAAGCAACAGUUGAGCAUUCAAGUUCUCUUUUAAUUCAAGAGGGAUUGUAUAGAAGAGCAAUUGAUUUGCUAAAAAAACAUUCUUCUCAAACCGAAGGUGAAGAGUGUGGUGUGGCUAGAAAGGAUAUCCUGGCCCUUGCCAGAGGUGGGUAUGCAGAAAUCCUGACCAUCCAACAGAAUCGCAAAUCUGAAGGUGAGAAAAUGAAGAGUUGGGCCGAGUCUGCCUGGAAAAACCAGCGGUUGUCUCUGGCUGAAGUUCUUAAUGUAUCGGAUGACCCUUCUUCUUCUAAGGUAACUGUUAUCGACACCCGAAUUAGCAGAGCUCUGUAAACUGACUGAGCGAUAGAACAAUCUCGUUGCGAUUGAAGCUGCAAUUUUGUCAAUGUUUUACCAAUAUGUUGCUGGCUUUGUCUCUCUUUUUUUGGAAUAUUUAUCAAAUGUAACCGUUACAGACUUACAGUUGAAAUAAGGUUUUGUUUUUCAUCUUUCUUAAGCAAGAUGUUGGAUUGAGAAGACCAAAACAACCUUAUAAUUUGUGAUGCAUUUUCCUUUUUAA